ACUACAGUAACUCAUUGUAGCUUUGCAAGGAUUAUAUCUGAUUGUUAUUUUUGGAAGACAUGGCCUUUAAGUUUAGAGGAACGCUUUGUAAAAUAUUCUUUGCCAGGGGAGCAUCCCGUGGGCUUUUGCAGCCUUUCCCAGUUACACCAUGCUGUGUACACCAACAAUGUGUCUUGAAUUCUGGGACAGCAGCAGCUACUUUUGAAGACCGAAAAGCACUUGGUUCACCAGAUGAUUUAUCAGGACCCACUUUUCUCAACAACUUCUACUGGAUGUUCUUUAGGGGUUACAUAACACAUAUGCAAGAUUUACAGAUAAUUCAGAAGAAGAUGUAUGGUCCUAUGUGGAAGUCAUUGUUUGGCCCAUAUAAGAGCAUAAGUGUAGCAAAUGCUGAACUGUUGGAGGAGCUCCUGAGACAAGAAGGAAAGUAUCCUAUGAGAAAUGACAUGGCCAUUUGGAAAGAACAUCGGGAUAAGAGAAACUUUGCUUAUGGACCACUCACUGAAGAAGGUGAAAGAUGGCACAAACUACGUACUGCAUUGAAUAAGAAAAUUCUGAAGCCAAAAGAUGUUGCAGUGUAUUGUGGAGCCAUCAAUGAAGUGGUAUCAGAUUUUAUAAAGAAAUUGUACUACCUGAGGGAAAACAGCCCAUCUGGAGUCCUAGUUUCUGACAUAGCUAAUGAAUUUUACAGAUUUGCCUUUGAAGGUGUCUGCUGUGUUAUAUUUGAAACUCGACUAGGCUGCCUAGAAAAGAAUAUUCCCAAGGAAACUCAGGAAUUCAUCAAUUCAGUUGGUAUCAUGUUGCACAACUCAGUCUAUGCAACUGUCCUGCCUAAGUGGACUCGAAGUAUCCUCCCAUACUGGAAUCGCUACCUGGAAGGCUGGGAUACCUUGUUUGCUUAUGCAAAGAAGCUGGUUGAUAAAAAGAUGGAGAAUAUUCAAGCUCGACUGGAUCGAGGUGAAGUGGUGGAAGGAGAAUUCUUGACAACUUUGUUAGCUAAUGCCAAUUUGUCCAUGCAUGAGAUCUAUGGAAGCAUGCCAGAGCUGCUGCAAGCUGGAGUGGAUACAACAUCCAAUACACUUGCAUGGGUACUGUAUCACCUGUCCAGAGAUCCAGGCAUUCAGAACUCCCUCUACAAGGAAGUGAUGAAUGUUGUUCCAGACAGGGCUCCUACAGUAAAAGACAUUGACAGAAUGCCUCUUCUAAAAGCUGUUAUCAAGGAAACACUACGCAUGUAUCCCGUAGUACCAGUCAAUGGCAGAGUAGCUGCUGAGAAGGAUAUAGUUCUGAAUGGUAUCUGCUUUCCAAAAAAUACACAGUUUCAGUUGUGCCACUAUGUAGCAUCUUAUGAUGAAAAACACUUCCCUGAUCCCCAUCGAUUUGAUCCCACUCGUUGGCUGCGAGAUGUAGGUAUGAAGCACCAUCCUUUUGGCUCAAUACCCUUUGGAUAUGGAGUCCGUGCUUGUGUUGGACGCCGAUUUGCAGAGCUGGAGAUGCGCUUGGCACUUAUAGGAAUAAUCAAGAAAUUUGAACUUCAACCAGAUCCAAGUUGUGCUGAUGUUAAGGCUAUUUCAAGAAUUGUCUUGAUAGCCAACAAACCAAUUAACCUUCAGUUCAUAGAAAGGCAGUCACAGAAGUAGUGACACAUGGUUGAGAAAAAUAAGCUUCGUGUUAGAGAGCAUUGAAAUUUCCAUAAGAAGUAUGUACUCACAACUGAAACAUAGACCAAGAACUGUAUUUGACAAUAACAACCUUUACUCAUUGGAUCAAGCGUGAAGGGUUACAAGACAGCGUGAUCCCUGUAUCAGUAAUUUCCCUCAAAAUCAUAACUACUUUGGUUACUGGUUAUUGGACUAGAAACUUUGAGAAUUACAAGGUAUCAGACAGUAGGACAGUAGGGGAUAAUCAAUGUAGCAUUAUGGGAUAAUCAAUGUAGCAUUAUGCAUUUGUAGAAGUGGGCAUAGUAAACGGUCACAGUCAAAUCCCAGUCUGCCAUGGUUCAUAAUGAUUAUGUGUGGUAUGAGUCUGCACUCUGGGAUCAUAUGUGUGCAUCUUUCCUAAAUGAUAUGCAUAACAUUAACAUAUAUUGCUUUUCUGCUGAUAUUGUAAGUGUAUCUAUAUGUGAUGUUUGCCCAGGACAGUGCUAAAAGAUUCUUGCUGCAUGACAGUGUACUCCCCAAUACCAGUCAAAGAUGAAAUGUAGAAGCAUAUGCAUUUCAUCUAUGAAGGAGUGGUAGUGAUUGGCAUAGUAUUUAUAUACAUGACAGUUUCAUCUAUGAAGGAGUGGUAGUGAUUGGCAUAGUAUUUAUAUCCAUGACAGUGCACUAAUCCCCAAUACCAGUCAAAGAUGAAGUAUAAAAAGGUAUGCAUUUCAUCUAUGAAAGAGUGGUAGUGAUUUGGCAUAGUAUUUAUAUCCAGUACCUAAUACAAGUGUGUCAUGGCUAGCAGAUAUAACUAAAUUCUAUACCUAAUACAAGUAAGUCAUGGCUAGCUGGUAUAAUUAUUCUGACUUGAAUAAAUAUUGAAUUAGUUUAUUUACAGCCUGCCAACCAAUAACGCCAUAUUUGAAUUUUAAUUGCUUUGGUGCAAAAUAAAUUAAUAAACCUUGACUCCAUCACA